AUGAUAAUAAUUUGUAACAAUGACUGUAUUAUAUAUUUAUUAUUGUAUUAUUGUAAUUAUUAUAAAUCAAUUAUAAUAUCGAGUCACGGAUCGUGCUACGAUGAAAGGAAAAGUAAAUUACUGAUUAAUAAAUACGAAUUCAAUGUUCCACGUCCGACGCAAUAUGACAAGUUACGGUACUUAAGAAGAUUGAAGAGAAAAUCACAAGACAAGUGGUUAAGAAAUGCCCAGCCAGCGGGUCGAGUGUCGCCGAAAUUCCCGAAAUCAGCCAAGUCCGACUCGUUCGAGGUGGCGAACGACGCUCAGCUCAGUUUAUUAUGCGACGCCCAGGCGUUCCCUGCGCCCACGUUUAGAACCUGUGAACGGUGCCAAACCGAGAGUCGCGUCCACUGCCAAGUACGACGUUCUCGCCAAUUACGUGGCCAGCUCGGUAACGAUGCUCUGCCCGGCGCAGGGCCACCCUCUUCCAGCCUUUAG